AGGAGCUUUGGAGUGAGAAAUUAGUUUUGCUUUCUUCAGCCAGAGCUUGAGUAGCUUGGUGAGCUGGGUGGGGCAGAACUUCGUUCCUCUUUGCCAUUUUCAUUUUCCUUUGGGAGUACACAAAGAUGCCUUUUGUAGCCGUACCCUUCUAUCAAAAGAGACACAAACACUAUGACCAGUCAUAUCGUAAUAUUCAAACAAGAUACCUUAUGAAUGAAUAUGCAGCAAAAAAGCGUGCUGCAAUCCAGUCAUCCACCCAGAAGUCUUUUACUCAGAAAUUAUCUUCCCAGAAAACCUCUAGGCCGAUAUCUGUUGGAGGAACCAUUUGCAGGCUUUGUGCAAAAAGGUUAACCACUUCAUCUGAAGAAGAAGAAGAAGACAAUAAAAACAGAUACCGAUCGCUGGUGGCUGCUUAUGGAGAAACAAAGCGGCAGCGUUUUCUCAGAGAACUGGAUCAGUUAGAAGAAAAUGUUCACCUGGCGCGUUCAGUUGCUCAGGAGAAGAUUGACAAAUAUGCCAUUCAGCAGAUGAUGGAGGAUAAGAUGGCCUGGGAAACACAUAGCCAUGAGGAACGGAUGCAUAGAGCUCCUGAGAUUUUGGUACGACUGAGGUCCCACACAGUUUGGAAAGACAUGGCUGUGAAGCUCUGCUUUACUGUACAAGGAUUUCCUACUCCUGUGGUUCAGUGGUAUAAAGACGGUAGUUUGAUUUGCCAAGCGGCUGAGCCAGGGAAGUACAGAAUUGAGAGCUAUUACGGAGUACACACGCUGGAGAUAAACAGGGCAAAUUUUGAUGAUACUGCAGUGUAUUCAGCAGUGGCAACAAACGGCUAUGGACAGGUGUCAACCAAUGCUGCGGUGAUUGUGAAAAGGUUUAGAGACGAGGAUCCACUCCGUUCUGUGAGGCUACCAAUUGGAUUGCCCUUACCAUCUGUGAUUCCAUAUACCCACUUUGAUGUUCAGUUUUUGGAGAAAUUUGGGGUCACCUUCAGAACGGAAGGUGAAACACUUACUCUCAAGUGCACUCUCUUGGUUUCGCCAGACCUGAAAAGAGUCCAGCCGCGAGCUGAAUGGUACCGUGAUAAUGUGCUAGUAAAAGAAUCGAAAUGGACGAAGAUGUUUUUCGGAGAAGGUCAGGCCUCCUUGUCGUUCAGCCACCUGAAUAAGGAUGAUGAAGGCCUGUAUACCUUAAGAAUCAUUUCAAGAGGAGGUGUGAGUGAACACAGUGCCUUCCUGUUUGUCAGAGAUGCUGACCCAUUAGUCACAGGGGCUCCUGGAGCCCCCAUGGAUUUGCAGUGCCAUGAUGCGAACCGAGAUUAUGUCAUCGUGACUUGGAAACCGCCCAAUACAACCACUGAGAGUCCUGUCAUUGGCUAUUUCGUUGACAGGUGUGAAGUGGGAACUAAUAAUUGGGUUCAGUGCAAUGAUGCGCCAGUAAAAAUCUGCCAAUACCCUGUAACUGGACUUUUUGAAGGAAGGUCUUACAUCUUCCGGGUGAGGGCGGUCAACAGUGCGGGCAUUAGCAGACCGUCCCGGGUCACUGAACCCGUGGCUGCCCUUGACCCUCUUGACCUCAAAAGAUUACAAGCAGUUCAUUUGGAGGGAGAUAAAGAAAUUGUAAUGUAUGAGGAUGACCUUGAAGGCGAUGCUCAGAUUCCAGGACCUCCCACCAAUGUACAUGCUUCGGAAAUCAGCAGAACAUAUGUUGUCCUCAGCUGGGAUCCACCUGCUCCCCGUGGCAAGGAGUCAUUAGUGUAUUUCAUUGAGAAGUCCAUUGUUGGGAGUGGGAGCUGGCAGCGGGUCAACGCCCAGAUGGCCGUGAGAUCUCCCCGAUACGCGGUGUUUGAUCUUGCUCAAGGGAAGUCCUAUGAGUUUCGCGUUUUGGCAGCCAAUAAGCAUGGUCUGAGUGACCCGUCAGAAAUAACUGCACCCAUUCAGGUACAGGACACAAUUGUUGCUCCUUCUGCUCCUGGUCGGGUACUUGCUUCAAGAAAUACUAAGACAUCGGUUGUGGUUCAAUGGGAGAAGCCGAAACACGAAGAGGACCUGAUAGGUUACUAUGUGGACUGUUGUGUGGCAGGAACCAAUAAUUGGGAACCAUGCAACCACAAGCCCAUUGAUUACAACAGGUUUGUCGUGCAUGGCCUAACGACUGGAGAGCAGUACAUCUUCCGAGUUAAAGCUGUUAAUGCUGUGGGCAUGAGUGAAAAUUCACAAGAGUCUGACAUCAUAAAAGUCCAGGCUGCCCUCACUGCUCCAUCCCAUCCUUAUGGAAUUACACUUCUUAACUGUGAUGGCCAUUCUAUGACUCUUGGUUGGAAGGUGCCAAAAUUCAGUGGUGGUGCUGCAAUUCUUGGUUAUUACAUAGAUAAGCGUGAAGCACAUCAUAAAAAUUGGCAUGAGGUCAAUUCCUCGCCUGUUGAAGAGAGGAUCUUUACGGUGGAGGGCUUGACAGAAGGUGCGUUAUAUGAGUUCAGAAUUGCUGCAACCAACCUGGCUGGCAUAGGACAGCCGUCAGACCCCAGCGAGCUCUUCAAGUGUGAAGCCUGGACCAUGCCAGAGCCUGGGCCUGCCUAUGAUUUGACGUUCUGUGAGGUCAGGGAUACCUCACUGGUCAUGCUAUGGAAAGCCCCAGUGUAUUCUGGCAGCAGUCCCAUUUCUGGGUAUUUUGUGGAUUAUAAGGAAGAGGAUUCAGGAGAAUGGCUCACAGUAAAUGAAGCACCAACUGCAAAUCGUUAUUUAAAGGUCAGUGACCUACACCAAGGUAAAACCUAUGUCUUCAGAGUCCGGGCAGUAAAUGCAAGUGGGGUGGGAAAGCCAUCAGAUACCUCUGAACCAGUACUUGUAGAGGCUAAACCAGGCACAAAGGAAAUCAGUGCCGGUGUAGAUGAAAAAGGCAAUAUCUACCUAAGUUUAGACUGUCAAGAAGUGACAGAUGCAUCUCACUUCACUUGGUGUAAAUCCUACGAGGAGAUUACAGAUACUGGGAAGUUUAAUAUCGAAACUGCGGGAGAUCACUCAAAACUGUACUUUAAGAAUCCAGAUAAAAUGGAUUUAGGGACUUAUUCUGUGUCUGUAAGUGAUACGGAUGGAGUGUCCUCCAGUUUUGUUUUGGAUGAGAAAGAGCUUGAAAAUUUGAUGGCACUGAGCAACGAAAUAAAAAAUCCCACAAUUCCUCUGAAAUCAGAAUUAGCUUAUGAGCUUUUUGAUAAGGGCCGGGUUCGUUUCUGGCUCCAGGCUGAGCACUUAUCACCAGAUGCCAGCUACAGGUUUAUUAUUAAUGAUAGAGAAGUCUCUGAUGGUGAGAAACACAAAAUUAAAUGUGAUAAAUCAACCGGCAUUAUUGAGAUGGUAAUGGAUCGAUUUACGUCUGAAAAUGAAGGUACCUACACUGUGCAGAUUCAUGAUGGGAAAGCCAAAAAUCAAUCUUCUCUGGUUCUUAUUGGAGAUGCAUUCAAGGCUAUCCUAGAGGAGGCUGAAUUUCAAAGAAAAGAAUUUCUCAGGAAGCAAGGUCCUCAUUUUGCUGAGUAUUUGCACUGGGAUGUUACAGAAGACUGUGAUGUUCGACUUAUUUGUAAGGUUGCAAACACCAAGAAAGAGACAGUUUUCAAAUGGCUAAAGGAUGAUGCACUGCAUGAACCUGGAACAACGCCUAAUCUGGAGAAGGCAGUCUGUGAGCUCCUCAUACCAAAGUUGUCAAAGAAAGACCAAGGUGAAUACAAGGCAACCUUGAAAGAUGAGAGAGGUCAAGAUGCAUCUAUCCUUGAAAUAACUGGCAAAGUGUAUGAUGAUAUGAUUUUGGCAUUGAGCAGAGUCUGUGGAGAAUCUGCUUCUCCACUAAAGGUAGUCUGUACUCCAGAUGGAAUAAAACUUCAGUGUUUCAUGAAAUAUUUUACAGAAGACAUGAAAUCAAAUUGGUAUCUCAAAGAUGCUAAGAUUCCAUCUGGUGAACAUAUGAGAAUUGGAGGGAGUAGAGAGAUGGCCUGGCUGCAGAUCUGUGAGCCUACUGAGAAGGAUAAAGGAAAAUAUACUUUUGAGAUUUUUGAUGGCAAAAAUAACCAUCAACGUACACUUGACCUAUCUGGACGAGCUUUUGAUGAAGCAUUUUCAGAAUUCCAGCAACUCAAAGCUGCUGCUGUUGCAGAGAAAAAUCGUGGCAAGGUGAUUGGUGGGUUGCCUGAUGUGGUGACCAUAAUGGAGGGCAAGACCUUGAAUCUGACCUGCACGGUGUUUGGAAAUCCUGAUCCAGAAGUGGUUUGGUUGAGGAAUGACAAAGACGUUGCGCUUAGUGAUCACUUUGUAGUCAAGGUGGAACAGGGCAAAUAUGUCAGUUUAACCAUCAAAGGUGUCACUUCCGAGGACUCGGGAACAUACAGCAUCAAUGUCAAGAACAAAUAUGGAGGUGAAAAAAUUGAAGUCACUGUCAGUGUGUACAAACAUGGUGAAGAGAUACCAGAGAUUUCCCUGCCCCAGCAAGCAAAACCAAAGCUUAUACCAGCAUCUGCUUCAGCAAUAGCUGAAUUAAAGUAAUCACCUGAAUAUGGAAAAAUAUGCUUGGGAAUCACCCAAAUGCCAUGUGCUUGUUCCAAAUGAAUCUUGAUAAUUUGAGAAAGUCAUGUGUGGGCAGAUAAUUGAUCGUAUGUUAUGCUUUUCAUUUUUGCUUUUGGUUGUUUUUCUUGUGUGUCUGUAGAAGGGGAAAAGCUAAUGUUUUCCACAAGGCUAAACGACUUAUGUUUACAUGAUGAUAAAUGACAGAUAGCUGGCAAAGAAUGUGUUUGAAGAUGAUAGUUAUCAUUUUCCUUAUCACUGGCAUCCACAUAUAGAUGGUGUGUGUUGGUUCUGUGUAAAGGCCCUGUCGCACUCAUUGCUAUAUUCUCUGUUAGCUAGCGAGCUCUCUAGCAACUCUUUGCAAUUAUGGCUGUAGAGCCAUUUAAGCAUGCAUUACCUGGUUACACCCUAUCUUCUUUUGCUUUAGGCUAAUAAAACUUUAAAAGGCACCUUGUUGUAGUUCUCCUGUACCAAAUCAUACCUAACUACUUCUGUUUACACUCCUGGCUUGUUUAAUUAUGGAUUAUCGUGCAAUUUCACAGCUGGUGGCAUGCAGACGAUGCGCUUACAAUCCAGAGAGGCAGUGAUGGUAAAUCGCACUUGCUGCAGGGCUCCCUUCAAAUAGUUUUACCCUUUAAGGCUUGGUGACAAAGCAAUUGAAACCGGACCCUCAAAAAUGAUUUUAGCCUCAAAACCACACUCCCUAAGAAGGUGUGUAUUUUGUGAAAGGCUUAGAAAUGUUAAGUGGUUAUCGUGCUGUGAAUCUAAAAAUCUCUGUUGGGGAAAACAAAAUGCAUAGGUGGCCAUGUUCUUUUUCAGCACAGUAAUUAUUUAGUAAGGGAUUUCAAAAAAAGGAAAAUGCUCAUUCUAAAUGACCCCUGUGGUAGGCAGGGAGGAAAAUUAAAAAUUUGGGCUGACUGUAGAAGUCUCUCAGUGAAGUUAAAAGAAAGAAAAUGUAUAUAUACAAUGAACACUCCUUUCUUUGAACCCUUCCUUCCUUUUUUGGAAAGAGGCUAAAACCCCACUAACAUAAAAAUCCUAUCUUAAUAUUUUAGUUUUAUAUUGCUUUGUAACAGAAAAAGGCUUUUUGUAGUUCAGAAAAUUUAAUCUCCCUCUAUCAUUAAGGCCAAUCAAACUCUAUGCUAUUUUGCUAAAUUUUCCUAAGGUAAUAAUAUGAACAAUGAAAUUUAAAUAUGCUCCUAAUAUCACAAAAGCCAGCUGAGCAGGUUUCUGCUGCAAGUAAAGGGAGGAUCAGCAAGAAUUUUUCAUUAUUCCUACUUCUCCAUUGCAUAGGUUAGCUUUAGCUGAGUUUGUUAUUAUUACAUGGUGGAGCACCGUUUCUAAAAACAUCCUUGGCAAAAGUAGGCACAGUUAGACUUCUCUAUACUUGACCUUUAUUUAGUCAAAUGGAGCUUGCUUAUGUUCCAAUUUAAAUUGUCAUUUUUAUUCAGCAAUGUGGUUCAAUGUUCCCAAUAAAUAAUCUUAUUGC